UUUUCUUCAUUUUGGCAGUAUCUUGCUUUUCUUUACUUAUCUAGAGAAUAAUACUAAUCUUUCCAUCCAACACCACCUUCAACUCACAUUCCCCAUUUCUCUUCUUUCUUCCUCUCAAGGGUCAUAUCUUUUUUUUUUGCUAUCCAGUUUCUUUAGACAUUAACCAUGUCUUUCAGAUUCAGAGGGCCGCAUGCUUCUUCGGGCAUGGGUGUGGCUGAUCACGGCAAAAAUGCAUUCUUGGAGCUGAAGAGGAAGAAGGUUCAUAGAUACGUGAUAUUCAAAAUCGACGAAAAGAAGAAAGAGGUUGUUGUUGAGAAAACUGGCACCUCUGCUGAAAGCUUUGAUGAUUUUACUGCUUCUUUGCCAGAAAACGAUUGUCGAUAUGCGGUGUAUGACUUUGAUUUUGUGACUUCUGAGAAUUGCCAGAAGAGCAAGAUAUUCUUUGUUCAUUGGUCUCCUGCAACAUCCUGUAUUCGUGCGAAGAUGCUUUACGCCACCUCCAAAGACGCAUUUAAAAGAGAGCUGGAUGGUUUUCAUUACGAGAUUCAGGCUACUGAUCCCACCGAAGUUGAUCUUGAAGUGCUUAAAGACCGUGCUCAUUGAGCCAUCUUGCAAUAAACACUUUCUUCCUCUAAUAAGGGAAUAGAACUAGCAGGGCCGUGCUAUCAUAGUAAUUAGUGCCAAAAGCUUAUCUUUGGUCAUGUAUCUCACAGAGGAAAAUUCUUCUAUAAAUAAUAGGGCAUCUGGGAAGGCUAAUUUCCACUUAUGUAUUUAGCUUGUUAGUGUAUAUGGUGUUGGCGUUGUUUUGCUUUUAGAUGUUUGAACUCUUGGGAAUUGCAUAAUAAUAUUAGUGGUUCACAAGCAACUAUGCCAAUAUUCCAUUUGUGGACUAUACUUGGGAA